CACACCCGGCCGACGCCUUCCAGCUGGGAACCAUCGUGGACAUCGGAGCCGACAGCCUGAGCAUCGAGCCCCUCAAACAGAAGGGCAAGAGGAACGAAGGGGCGACGUGUCGGGUGACGCGGCGGAAAGAACUCGUCACACGAAACCUUCAACGUGAUUGGUCAAUCCGUUUGUCUGUCAACAUUUUGGGAAAAAACAACCAAUGAACACUCAGUAAAUCACAAAGGACCUCCCACCUUACAGGUAAGGCUCAUUAGCAGCCUGUCAGUCAGAGAACCAGAGAACACGGCGCGAGGACAAUGAGCCUCAUUACAGAGCUGAGAUUGUUCUGGAAUGUUUGAUGUAGAACACGUGGGUAUGUGUCACAUGCAAACACCUUUAACCCUUGUGUUGCCUUCGGGUCAAAUGAUGAACUUGAUGGCAAUUAUCAUUUUUUCAUUCGCAAGCAAAUCUCAAAGUAUUGACCUACUUUUGCUCUCAGUUGUCUUUAUUAACACUUUCUUUAAGUACAAUAUAUAAAAUAAGAUACGAAUAAACUUUAUUUAGCCAGAGGGAAAUAGUUGUGCAGCAGUUGCAAUGCAAAUUGUUAAGCGUGUAAAUAAAGGAGUGCAAAUAUAUCAUCUAUUUAGUGCUCUGAAUGACCCGUCUCUCUCCUUAGGAGCCCGUGAAGCGUAUUCUGGCCCUGACGGAGACUUGUCUGGUGGAGCGAGACCCGGCCCGUACAACAUCGUCACCAUCAAACCCUUUGGAGAGGUUUUUGCUCUCAUCUGUGACGUGGACAACCCUCAGGUGUUUACGGUUGAAUUCAUUCCAGAUGGAAACUUUGCAGAUGCAGUGUUCAGAUUCAACGCCAACAUCUCCUACAGUGGAGUGCUGCAUGCAGUCACCCAAGAUGGUCUUUUCUCCGAGAACAAAGAGAAGCUCAUCAACAACGCCAUCCUGGCUCUCUUAUCCCAGGAGGCCGAGCUGCCGACUCUUAACACGGAGCUGGAGAGCCAUUUCCAGGCCAUUCGACGCCUGGUGGCCUCCAAGGCCAGCUUCCAGGCCUUUACCCAGCUGCCCAAGUCUGGUCAAGGGUCUGGAGUCACAGAUGCAACGUUCAGGGAAAAGUUGGGAGUAAAGACCGUGAAAGCUUUAAAACGGAACAACAGUGUGACGCAUGCUGCUGUAGACAUGCUCUGUGCACUUAUGUGUCCGAUGCACGAUGACUACGACCUGAGGCAGGAGCAGCUGAACAAGGCCUCGCUGCUGUCUUCAAAGAAGUUCCUGGAAAACCUGCUCGAAAAAUUAAUCACCAACGUGGACCAUGGAACAGGAGCUCUGGUCAUCAGCGCCUUACUGGACUUCUUAACCUUUGCCCUCUGCGCCCCCUACAGUGGAACCACAGAGGGCCAGCAGUUUGACAUGCUGCUGGAGAUGGUCGCCUCUGAUGGACGCACCUUGUUUAAACUCUUCCAGGUAGUUGAGCCAUGUGAAUAGAACGCGCCUCCCUAAUUAUGAUGGGAAUAUGAUGUGGAUUCAGGAGAUGCUCGUGUGUUGACUUAUGCUGUCCUUGUGCACAUUCUCACUCAUGUUUAAAUUGCGAAGACAGAUGUUUUCCACUCCAGGCAUGUCUGAACAUGGCCGUGUUAAAAAGAUCUCCUUCUUUUACACUGUGGGGGGGGUGUUGAGGUUGGUGGCACCAUCUAAAUGAUUAAUAAGACCGUGCUGCCUGCUCUUCCACAAACUGAAUCAAUGCCUCUUAACCCACUUGUCCUGGAAACCUCCCGGCUUCUUUUUCUUUUUCUACACUUGUCAAAAUGGCUGAUCAACGACAUAUUUUGAUUGGCUUGCUUACACUGAACGUUUCCGAAUGAUCUUUUAUUUUUACAGCACAUGCUUCAUUUAUAUUUGUUGUUGGCGGCGAGUGAUCUUGGAGAAUAUAAAUAUCAAGCAGAUUUGUCGGAUAAUAAAUGAAGGAUUUUGUUGAUGGUUU